AUGACAGCUACACCACCACCCUCUUCCACCUCAACUUCAACACUAUCCCGUCACCACCAACACCAACACCAUUCGCUCAACUCCCCUUCCAAUCUCCACUGGGUGUCCCACCCACCUUUCUCUGCCAAACUAUUCACAUCCACCUCCUCCACCACCACAAACCCAUCUCGAGUGAAAGCCGUCACUGACUCCUCCGCCCCUCUCACCACAACUACAACCCCACACCGAGACUCCCAUGACGAGACCCUCCUAAACCUUCUCCGGCAAAGAAAAACCGAGGAGGCUUGGCUUGCCUACACUCAAUCCCCUCACCUACCAAACCCCACUUGCCUUAGCCGCUUAGUUUGCCAAUUAUCUUAUCAAAACACGCCGUCGGCCCUCACCCGAGCUCAAUCCAUCAUCCAACGCCUCCGCCAUGAACGCCAGCUCCAUCGCCUCGACUCCAACUCCCUUGGCCUUCUUGCAGUCGCUGCUGCCAAAUCCGGCGAUACACUCUACGCCAACUCUAUUCUCAAGUCUAUGCUUAGAUCUGGAUACCUCCCUCAUGUCAAGGCGUGGAGUGCCGUUGUAAGUCGCCUAGCAGCAUCAGGCGACGACGGCCCCAAGGAGGCCGUCAAGCUGUUCUCAUCAGUGACCCGGACAAUCAAGAGAUUCACGGAGCCAACCAUGGUGAUGAAUUCGCGCCCUGACACUGCGGCAUACAAUGCAGUCCUCAAUGCGUGUGCCAAUUUGGGUUGGACCGAAAAGUUCCUCCAACUGUUCGAGGAAAUGCCUGAGAACAAAUGCGAGCCGGAUAUCUUGACUUACAAUAUCAUGAUCAAGCUUUGUGCGAGGAUUGAGAGGAAAGACUUGUUUGUCUUUGUACUGGAACGGAUUCUCGAAAAAGGCAUCCCGGUGUGUAUGACGACAUUGCAAUCGUUGGUGGCGUCCUACAUCGGCUUUAACGAUCUGGAAACCGCAGAGAAAAUCGUUCAAGCAAUGAGAGAAGGGAGGCAAGAUAUUUGCAAGCUUUUAAGGGAUUCAAAUUCGGAAGAAUUCUCAAAUGAAAAUGAAAAUGAAGUGUUCGAGAAAUUGCUUCCGAACAUGAAACACCCAACUGAUUACGAACCACCAUUGUUGCCGAAGGUAUUCCUUCCCAACACUAGAAUGUACACAACUUUAAUGAAGGGUUACAUGAAAGCAGGCCGGAUCAAAGAUACAGUGAGAAUGCUCGAGGCAAUGAGAAACCAAGAAGAUAGUUCUAGUCACCCAGAUCACGUUUCAUACACAACAGUCGUUUCUGCACUUGUGAAUGUUGGAGCAAUGGAAAAAGCAAGACAAGUUCUAUCCGAGAUGAGUAAAGCCGGAGUUCAAGCCAAUCGGGUCACUUACAAUAUCCUCCUUAAAGGGUAUUGCCAACAACUACAAAUAAAUAACGCAAGGGAGACUAUCAAAGAGAUGAUCGAUUCAGGGAUCGAACCAGAUGCAGUAUCCUACAACACAAUGAUCGAUGGAUGUAUACUGAUCGAUGACUGUGCAGGAGCUCUCGUCUUCUUCAACGAAAUGAGAUCAAAAGGCAUCGCUCCCACAAAGAUAAGUUACACCACUCUGAUGAAAGCGUUUUCUGUAUCUGGGCAACCAAAGCUUGCCCACGAAGUGUUCGACGAAAUGCAAAAGGACCCACGAGUGAAAGUAGAUCUAGUCGCUUGGAACAUGUUAAUAGAAGCUUAUGCCAGGUUAGGAAUGUUGGAUCCUGCAAAUGAAAUAGUCGAGAAGAUGAAAAAGAAAGGGGUUUAUCCAGAUGUAGCUACAUACGGGAGUCUUGCUAAUUGUAUAGCAUUAGCAAAAAAACCAGGAGAUGCUCUGUUACUUUGGAACGAAAUAAAGGAACGAUGUGGAUUGAUAACAACAGAUGAAACUAGGGUUUCUAAAUCUGGUCCUCAGAAUGUUCCGAUUUUGAAGCCUGAUGAAGGACUGUUGGAUACUUUAGCGGAUAUCUGUGUGAGAGCUGCUUUCUUUAAGAAAGCUUUGGAAAUUGUGGCGUUCAUGGAGGAACUUGGGAUAGCACCAAAUAAGACGAAAUAUACGAGAAUUUAUGUAGAGAUGCAUUCGAGGAUGUUUACAAGCAAACAUGCUUCAAGAGCGAGGCAAGAUCGGAGGAUAGAGAGGAAAAGAGCAGCUGAAGCUUUUAAAUUCUGGUUGGGAUUGCCCAAUUCUUAUUAUGGAAGUGAGUGGAGACUUGAAGGAGCUGAAGAUGAUGAGUAUGCGAUUUAA